CACAUAAUUCCAUCCCAGCAACCUUGCAGCUGCUCCGCGAUGCAAAAUUAUUACGACGAAUCUAACCAGUGCAGUUGGUCGUUCCGUACAAGUAAAACCCCUGGCCAAGUGUCCGCAAAAGCACCCAACAAAAGAGCAACAACAAAAAAAUGGCCGACAAUGAAACAAACGAAGCAGUGAUGAUUUCCCCCUCCGUACCAUCGCCCACGAACGAGGAAGCGCCAUCGCUGGAGAAAACGAAACAAUUCCUACUUCACCAAAUAUCCGUCAUCGAGAAGCACAUCAAGGAGAUUGAGCUGGCACAAUCGACCACGUCCAUGCCGGUGCCGCCGAACAUUCAGGCGAAGCUGUACGCGUUGCGCAAGAUUCAGCUGGACCUCGUCGAGCGGGAGGUAAAGUUCCACCUGAAGGCGCACGAGAUGGAGGUCCAGUAUCAGGCGGAGUUUGCCGAGUGUCACGACAAGAUUGCCCGCAUCGUCAACGGGCUGGACGUGCCGGAGCUGACGGAAUCGAACCCUACCCCGAACGAUGCGGCCGACCAGCCGACCGGUGUGCCCGAGUUUUGGCUGACCGUGCUGAAGUCCAGCUUCCUCGGGCACAUGAUCCAGAAGCUGGACGAGCCGGUGCUGAAGCAGCUGCAGGACAUUCGGGUCGUGCUGGUGAGCGAACCGGUGCCUGGGUUCGAGCUGCUCUUUUCCUUCGCCCCCAACGAGUACUUCGCGAACGAGGUGCUGAGCAAGAAGUACUUUUUGCGCUGCGCCCCGAACCCGGACGCACCGGUCAUGUUUGACGGGUUCGAAAUCUACAGCUGCGAAGGGUGCACCAUCGACUGGAAGGAUGGGCACAAUCUGGUGGAGGCACCCGGCAGUUCGUUCUUCGAUUUUUUCAACCCCGAAAGCAUGACCAACGCCGACUACCAUGCGGACCACAACAAGGCAAUCAUGGAGUGUGACUUCCAGUACGGGUACCACAUGAAGGAGACGAUCAUCCCGCGGGCGGUGUUUCUGUUUCUGAAGGAAAACAUUAAAUACCACUAUUCAAACUACUACACGUGGUUCGAUGGGUGCGUGGACUUUGAAUAUUUGGAGGAGUUGAGAGAGGGCGCACCCGGACGGAGACGACGAUGGCGACAAUGAACCGGCAAGCCAGGAUUCGUGCAGCACGCCGAAUGGUGAAGAGGCCGAAAGUGAAUCGGUUUAGAGUGGGGAAGGGGAGUUUUUAGAAAUUGAAUUUCAACAUUUCGUGAUGUGUUAAUUAUGUCCAUGUUGGUUUUGGAAACAAGUGGUGCCAAUAUAUUAUGUAUCUGUUAGUCCUAUA